UAGCAAUUAAGACGACAGAAAUAGUCAGCAUGAAAAACACAGGCUAUGUUUCAGAUGUUACAUUAACAAAAAAAUAGGUUCUUAUUUUUUUAGGGUUUUAGGAAAACUUGCUGUGACAUAUGCAGGAUGAUAUUUGCUUAUGCUGCAUAAGUAUGCGUAAAACUGAUGAUAUUCCUUUGUUCCAGAAUCACUGCCAACAAGCACAGCGGAACACUCAGCGAGUGCCACGACUGACCAAGCAGGCCAUCCGCCCUCGAACGGCAUGGGACACCCUCCCCCGUCUCCUUCUCAACAGCAACAGCAACAAGCGCCACCUGGCGGGUUUCCUGGGAAUCCGCCAGUGCUAGAGCAACGCGAACUAGACAUCCCGCACACUGCCACCAUACCGCCCUAUCAGUUCUGGAACUCCGAGUUUAGGAAUAAGCAACCUGCCUUCAUCAGGUUCAAUUUUACGGUGCCGUGGGGAGCUAAUUUCGCUGUAUACGGUCGAAGGAAUGUGGCACCCAGUGUGACGCAGUACGACUUUGCGGAGUUCAUUAAGGGAGGACGAGUUGACCACAGACUUAGAAGGAAGAAGAGAGGAGCAAUGGAGGAUGAUUUAGAUGACCUGCCUUUCCAAAACCACUUCAAGCUGUCUUAUGGAAGUCGAAGAGACAGCGACGUACUCGAUGCAAUUUCCAGCGGGUAUGAAGGCGCAAGGAAAAUCUUGGCCGAUGCGGAACCUCCUAGGGAACCAUUCUACGUCCAACCAAUAAGCUUACAGGAUCGAUUGUCUCCUCCAGGCACUGACUUACCCAGGCCCGCUGCCUAUUCUGGGUUAGAACCAGAUCUGGGCCAUGUGAUAGAACGAAGGAGUGUUGAUGGAGAACAUGUUAUGGGGAAGUGGUACCUUGAUGCAAGUCAUACGAUUGGGAAAAGAGAGGCUGAGAUGGAACCAAUGUUGGUGAAUGUCAGCAUUUUGCAGUACUUAGAUACCGGCAGGUGGUUUCUUUCGGUUUACAACGACGAACUUCAACCUCACGCUGUUUCGCUAGUAAUUUCUGAAGCUGAAGGUGUUAGUACUACUUGUCCGAAUGAUUGCUCUGGUCGAGGUUCCUGUUACUUGGGCAAAUGUGACUGCAUUGAUGGCUUCCAGGGAAUAGAUUGCUCCAAGAGUAAGUCUACAUCUUACUAUGUUAUUAUUCUUAACAACUUUUACUGGUGGCGACAAGUGAGUACCUAA